AAUGGGUUCUACCACGAUCAACUCGAUCUACUUCGAGCUGACCAGUUUCGAUGGGACCCUUACCCCGCUGAGGCAUACGCUGCAUUGCCUCAGCACUUAGGGAUCUUGUCAGGGGCGUCGAGAGCCUCUGUACCUUUGAUAUGCUAGUCGAAGUGCAUCUCCCUGAGCGCGUACUGGAUGGUACAAGGCAUCCCGCCGCCUUGUGACAUAGUGGCGGAUCUCCAUUACAGCUCACGCAAGGGUCAGGAGCCUAAGAACUGGUUGGAGAUCUACUGGCGCCAUAUAGCUCGUUGGGAUCACAGGCUGGAGCUGUUGGCCCAAGGUGUGCCGAUCGAGGCUAUAGGUGCACCUACUUCGGCGGAUUACAUGCCGUGGUUCCUCUCUAUCACUCAUCGAUGGAUGACACCACGAGGUAUCAUCGUGGCAGCCCAGUUAGCUCCCGCAGCACCGACGAUGACAUACUUUGCACAGGGCAUUGCAUCUGUCAUCAGCUCCACCCAAGAGGAGCCUGUACGGGAGAUUGCCCAAGGCAUACUCCUAGGGACACAGUUUCAGCACUUCAUUCCAGAAGUCGUUGUGCUCGACACCACUAUGGACGAGCAGGGGUCAUCUCCUCAUCAUGCCGACGUUCAUCUUGAGGAGGUAGACUUAACGUGCCCCGACUAUGGUGCCGGAUUCUCACAGGGUGCUGGAUCAUCACAGUAUCAAUCACCUCCCCUACCCGAGCGUCAUGCGACGCCCUCUUACUAUCGUAGGAGGCGCCGUAAACCGUCACAGUUAGACAGGGUACAGGACGAGGAUUAGCAUUAGUAUACUGUUUGUAUAUAUUGAACA